UCCCAUGGACAAAAAUGGGAAAAAACAAGUUAAAAUUUACUGAUAUCUGAAUAUGUAAUUUUAUACGUUAUAGCCAUGUUUAACCAUCCUAUAUAUUAUUUUUUAUAAACAGCGUUUUUGUUUACAAAUAUUUUCACUAAAAAUAAAUUUUGCGAUCAUUAUCUUAUCAGUGAAAAGAACAUUCAUAAAUACGAGAUCUGUAUAUGGAGUUAAACGGUACGUGUUUAAAUCAAAGCCACUAUGGAUAUUGUUAAACAAGAUGGAGUAAAAUUUAUAACUAAUGCCGAUCUUGUUAAUACUUGGCUCGAUCACAACAACAAGAACCCAAAAUUGUUUGUAUUUGAAAAAAUGUGUUCGUUAUUAAAUACUGAUGAACCUUCCAGGCAAAUGAGACACCACUUGGAGACUGCAAGCAGACUCUUUUGCCUGAAUAUAAGCAGAAGAUGGGCUGGGUCGUCUCGAAACCGCCUGCGAUUUGAGGACCGAAACAAAGCAUGGUUGCUAAGUAAGAUCUUAAUGCCACAAUGUUUAUCUGAUGGUCAAUCAAGCAAUAGUGCUAACUUAGAGCGGGCUGGCACAAGUCGAGCUCGCGGAAGACCUUUAAAGCCAUUUGAAGAGUGUUCCAAAAAGACAAAAAUUAGACGUGCCAAAAAAAUCACUGCUGGUAGAACCACUAGUGAAAUAAAAUAUGCAGCUAAAUUAGUUAGUUCACAAUGUCCCACUACUUCACUUUCUCCUCAUCAGGCACUAGCUCUUUACUUAGACCUAUCUUUGUCUGAAAGAAAAUAUAAUAUACUUAGGUCCGUUGUAAACAGUACAGGGACAAAUACCUUUCCUAGUCUGUAUACAUUAAGACAAACACAAAAUGCUCUUUUACCGUCUAACAUUUAUAGUACUGAAAUUUCAGCUGAAGUGGAUUUGCAAGCUCUUUUAAAUGCAACAGCUUAAAGUAUAAUAAAUAUAAUAGACAUCAAAGAAAACAAAAAAAACAAUGUUGGUUUGCAAAUGGGGCUUUGAUGGUUCUUCUGGGCAUAGCCAAUAUAAGCAGUCAUUUGCCGAUGCAUCUUGCACGGAUGAAUUUCUUUAUUUAGUGGUUCUGGGGCCUUUAAGACUACAAGAUGUAGAGACUGAAAAUGUUAUGUGGGUCAAUCCAAGUCCAUCAUCCACACUUUACUGCCGACCUAUAAAAUUUAUAUUUAAAAAAGAAAAUAAAGAGCUAAUACGUGACGAGGAAAAAAACAUAUUGGAAAAAAUUAAUAAUCUGAAUCCAUUUGAUAUUAAGUUUGACAAUGGGCAAAUUUGUACGGUUGUGUAUACCAUGUUCACUAUGAUGGAUGGUAGUAUAGCUAACAUCGUCUCAGAUACAAACGCGACAUCCAAAUGCAUCAUUUGCCAGGCAACCACCAAGCAUAUGAAUUUGGAAAAUAUAAGCCGGCCAUCGCAAAUAGAGAACUACCGCUUUGGUUUGUCUACACUCCAUUGUUGGAUUCGAUUUUUUGAAUGCUUACUUCACAUCGGUUAUCGUUUACCAAUAAAAUCGUGGCAAGUGAAAGGUGCCGAAAAUAAAGAAAUUAUUGAAAAUAACAAAAAGAAAAUACAGGCUGAAUUCAAGUCGAGAAUGGGACUGAUUGUAGACAAACCAAAGCCAGGGUAUGGGUCAAGUAACGAUGGGAACACGGCAAGAAGUUUCUUUUACAACCAAGAAUUAAGUUCCGAAAUUCUAGGUAUAGAUAAAAAUUUAAUAGUAAAGUUUUCAAUUAUACUUAGGGUUCUGGCAAGUGGUCGACCGAUAAAAAUUGAAAAUUUUAAAGAACUACUGGGCGAAACUAAACAAGUAUAUUUAGAUCUAUACAGAUGGUAUUACAUGCCAAGUAGCGUACACAAAGUUCUUGAACACGGGUGCGAAAUAAUUGAAUCAUUUUCGUUACCAAUAGGCCAACUCUCAGAGGAUGCUCUGGAAGCACGACACAAGGAAGUAAGAAAAUAUCGAUUGUUUCACACCCGAAAGUGUUCUAGAAUAAGUUCAAAUACAGAUCUAUUAAAGAGGUUAUUAUUAACAUCCGAGCCCCUCAUAUCAACAAAGAGAAAAGUAACAACGCGAAAAAGUAACAAAUUAGACAUCGAUGUACAGAAAUAUCUUAUAUGUGAGGAUAUUGUAGAAAUCAUAUCCUAAUAUUAUUUCAAUGGUUUUUUACCACAGGGAUGUAUUUAACACUUACACCAUUUUCAUACUAUAAAUUAUUAUUUCAUUAGAUUCAACAUGUUUAUUAUUUAUAAGAUUUCAUUCAUCACAUUUCAUAUUAUCAGAUUCAUAAACGUGGGACUAAAAAUAUCAUCAUUUAGUACAAUGAGAGUACUCAUUAUUUGUGUCAAAUAAACCCAGUUUGAAUAAAUUGCCUACAAUAGAAAAGAAGUUUUGCAUUUUUAUCCUCUAGGCCCAUAUGUUCGAAGUACUGUGCGGCGGCGUGACCUAGGUAGGAAUAAUUUCUGAUUUUUGCCGUUGAAGCGCUGCGGUCGGAAUUUGUUGAAAUCAACUGAAAUGCACCAAGCUCAUAACGGUACCUUUAGAUCAACGAAUCGGUGUUUAUAACAAAUAACUUUUUAUUUUGAAGAUUUUUUUGUAGUUGCAAAAAAAACAGAACUCUUUUUUCAUACCUUUUGUUUAUACCUCUCAAUUU